GGCCAUGACGAAGGGGACACAGUGGCCUUGGUACGCUGGAUGACUCAGUGAUCCGGGCAGGCAGCAGUAGUAUGCUGUCGACCCAAUCAACGAGCGGCGUGUGGGUUGUCGGUGCUUUCUUUCUGUGAUGGAGGCUAUCAAUGCUAUGGAGUCGAGAAGGAGCAGGAUGGUGGGAGGGAAGAUGUGUUCUUAUGUUCAGGACACAGUGGUCUCAAUUUAGGCGAGAGCUGACCACCCUGCACUGCGCCUUUCCGGAAUGGGGAUGGGGGCCAUGGCUUUUAUUAGCCCCCCCUCGCCUCCUUCCCCUUCCUUCCUCCCUUCCUCCCUUCGAUGAACCUCGUAAUACCCGUGUAAUUUCGAAUCCCUUUCCUUCCGCAGCGCUCCAUGCAUUCAUCCGCCCCACACGGAGAGCGACGACAAUAGAGUCAAGACUCCAACAGUUCACCAAAAAAGAAUCUGAUCGAACUCCAGCCUGUUUCACAACGGAGUCGUGCACCGUGGCGCGGUACUUGAUUUGUUACACACUUACGAACGACCAGACCACAAUUGUGAGGAAUAGGGGUCCCGGCUGUCGUCGAUCAGCCAGCCAGACCCAUCCUUGGUACCCGAGAGAGAGAGCUGCUGGUCCGGACGGAAGAUGGAGCAUUCUUCCCACGGAACCCCGCGUAUCACUGAGAUUCGAUAUGAACGAAGCCUGGAUUCAGAACACUGCAAAAAGAAUACACACCACGAGAUGGAUCUCGCCCUCCUGAGUCAGCCAUGGCAGUCAAGAAAGCAGCGAUUACCCCUUUAUGUCUCCAAAAACAAAAAUAUCACAUAGUUUGCGUGCCCCUUGCAGCCCACACAUUCUUCACGCCUCACCUCAGAUCUGCGCACGGAAACAUAUCAA